AUGCUUGGGCGGCUUCGCACCCGAGCGCAGCGCUCCUUUGCUCACAUCCCAAGGUUCCGUCCGCCAGCGCGGGGUGCGACUUCGCGGAGAGAGUUGGUAGAGGGGUUGGCGGCGGCGGUCGAGCACAACCCAGCCGUCGCACCCCACAUUGCUGAACUCCUGGAUGAUGCGACCGCCGACAAAGUUGCCAAGGUCCUUGAAACUGUUGCCUCGGAAGGGGAAGCCACACCAACAAAGACUCAGCUUAGGAUGGUGGCCACUGCUGCUGCGAUCCCUUUCUUUGGCUUUGGUGUCUUGGACAAUGCUAUCAUGAUUCUACUUGGGGAAGUCAUCGAUGCAACUCUUUGUGUACAGUUUGGGCUCUCGACGAUGGCUGCUGCAGCUCUUGGCAAUACUUUCUCUGAUGCCGUCGGCGUCUUCUCUGGCACAUUGGUGGAGGAAAUGGCCGCUAAAUACGGGGUGGAGGCACCCAAGUUAACACGUGUCCAAGAAGGCCUGGCCGUGACGAAGAAUUACGAGCGCUGGGGCCAACUGGUAGGCAUUUGUGUAGGUUGCCUGGUCGGCAUGUUCCCACUGCUGUUCAUGGACCACAGCGAUGUACGCAAGAGGGAGAAGGCCCUAGAUGAAAUGUUCGACGUCGUGGUCGAGAGUGUGACGAAACUUUUGGACUGCGAGGCAGCUUUGCUGUUUCUGGUAGACUACGAGAAGCGGCAUUUGUACUUGCGCUCUUCUUCUGACCACGCGCUGAAAGACCAUCUGCACAUCGGCGAGGGUGUGGCCGGCAGGGUGGCCGAAACUGGCCAUUUCAUGAACGUGGACGACCUGAGAAAGACGGAGCUUUACAACCCGAAGCGACAUGAUGACUACUUUGGCACCGGCGUGUCUGUCCGUUCAGUUCUAUGCAUGCCGGUGAUUGGCGUCGAUCCUGCCGAUCAAGAAACCAAGGUUCUCGGUGUCCUCCAGCUCAUCAACAAGCGGGGCACUGAGGGCCACGGCUUCCUUGAUCGAGAUGAGGACGUGUGCGCUGCCCUGUGUUCUCAGAUCUCGACGAGCUUGUCCACUGCCUACGGCCUGUCCUCGAGCUUCCGAGCAGCUCUCGAGAGAUACGAGCGGGCACUGAACAUGCCGGGAGUGCGUCUCAACCCGGCGCAGGACUCGCGGCUGGAGAAUAUCUACGAGGAGGUUAUGCGCGACUGCACCGAGGUCUUAAGGGCCUCGGCGACCAUUCUCAUGGUGGGAGAUGUUGGUCACAAAGAUGACUUGAUCCUGAAGGUCAGUGAUAAGUUACCCUCCUUCCGCACCUCUGCGGCAGAGGCGCCGGUCCUCCACAAGUGCAAGGAG